GAAGAGAACAAAGGAAGAUAGUACCAUGUUGCUUUGGGCUUAUCUUUACCUUGGAAACAUAGCCACAGGUGGCCUGAUAUCACACCCUUGCAUCUCUCUCUCUCUCUCUUGCUAUCUCUUUCUAUCUGUCUCUCUCUCUCUCAGCCAUACAGCAGUAGAAAAACUCAUUAAUAAUGAGAGUAUAUAUGAGCCAGCUGAACCUGAAACGACUGAAGAAAGACAGGCAUGUUGUUCCUGACUCCACCCCUCUCAGCCAGACACUGCCAUCGCCCUGCGAACAACUCACCUGGUCAAUCCGAGCCUUCUGCCGGGUUACCACGGUGACCUGAUCCCAUUCCUUCUCGGCUCUCGAUGCUCCGGGGGGCCAGCGCUGAGGACUCCCGACAUUCCGGCUGCUCUUCCUGAAGCAGAAUGCCUGUACACCAGAUCUCCGUGUUGCCGGUUCGGGAGACGGCGAGUAACGGCAAAGGUGCUUCUCGCUCCAAAGACAAGACUGAGGGAGGGAAGGUCUCUGGACGCUCAGGGAGUCGUUCCAGCAACAUCUCCAAGGCGAGCAGUUCUACAACGGGACUGGGCACGGCCACCGUGUCCCGUACGUCAGUCACCCCCUCGUCUCAAGAUAUUUGCAGUACCGGCCCCCUGACUCGCCUGGAGGAGGAUGUCUCUGACGGACACACCCAGAAACCUCCUCAGAAAGGAGCGCUGGCGGUCACCAGCACCAAGCAGAGCUCCUCCCAGAAGAAGCAGGUGAAACGGCGGCAGAAACCCAAGCCAGAUAGCUGCACCGACACCAUCGAGACAAUCGCCCCACCUCCGCCCGACCGCGAGCGCAGCCCGGGCAGCGACGGCGCCGACAGGUCCGAGAAACGGGAGAAGGGCUCCAAGCCGAGGAAGGAGCACGUCCGCCACCGCGGCUCCAUCCCCCCGCAGUCGGAGUCCUCCUCGGAGGACGAGGAAACCUGGCGCCAGUCGCGGAGUUGGAGCAAGGAGAAGGCUCGGAGGGGCAGACGUCGGAGCGGCAGCAGCCGAGACAGGGACGGGGGGAGAGGGGGGGGUGGAGACGGGAGGGGUGGAGACGGGGGGGAGAAAAUGGAGCUCCAGUCUGUGGACUCGGACGAAGGCCGCGAAAACAAGGAGAACCAGGCUCCGCUGGAGAACGGGCAUGGGGGACUGAAGAGCCGACGCGGCGAGGCGCCGAGAAGGGAGGGGCGCGCCUCCCAAAAGGGCGGGACCCAGCGCCGGGACGGGGAGGCGGGGGGGUACAAGUCCCGCAGCCCCGGGAGUUCCUCGCUGGCGGAGGAAGGGGAGGAGCACAUCACCAAGCGCUACCAAGAGAGAGGGGCCGGGGGUGGGGACAUGUCGGCGCCGACGUCACGGAGCAAUUGCGGCGUCAACGGCACUGUUGAACCUGAUUCCGACGAUGAAAUGGAGGUCUGCAGAAUCUGUCACUGUGAGGGGGACGAGGAGUUCUCGUUGAUAACCCCGUGCCGGUGCACAGGGAGUAUGAGGUUCGUCCACAUGGCCUGUCUUAACCAGUGGAUCAAGUCUUCAGACACACGAUGCUGUGAACUGUGCAAAUAUGAUUUCAUCAUGGAGACCCAGCUCAAGCCGCUAGGCAAGUGGGAGAAGCUACAGAUGUCCACCGGUGAGCGAAGGAAGAUCUUUUGCUCUGUGGUCUUCCACCUGAUUGCAGUCAUCUGCGUGCUGUGGUCGGUCCAGGUUCUGGUCAAAAGGACCAUGGACGAGAUCAGUCUAGGCAAAGGCUAUGACCAUUUUUGGAGCUUAAAUCUACAGAACUACAGUACAACAGACGUGUUUCAAUGGCCGUUCUGGACCAAGCUGAUUGUGGUGGGGAUCAGUUCCUCCGGCGGCCUCCUCUUCAUGUACAUCCAGUGCAAGGUCUACCUCCAGCUGUGGCGCCGCCUCAAAGCCUUCAACCGCAUCAUCACCGUGCAGAACUGCUCUGAGAAAGCCCAGCAUCCUGUGCAGGCUCCUCCUCCCAUCACCACGCUGGCCAAUGGGAAUCACGACACUGUGGCGGUUCCCAUGGGCCAGCUCUCCAAAGGCGGCCAGGAGUCUCAGUCGGACUCUGACUCGACCACGGAGGACGCGGUGGCGCCGGCGGAGAGCCCCGUCUGAGGCUCCCCCCCCCCCCCCC